AUGAGGAAGCAUGGAUGGCAGCUCCCUUAUCAUCCUCUCCAGGUGGUAGCUGUUGCUGUAUUUAUGGCAUUGGGGUUUGCUUUCUAUGUGUUUUUUGCCCCUUUUGUUGGGAAACAGUUGUUUCAAUACGUCGUGAUGGGGAUUUAUUCUCCUCUUAUUGUAUGUGUCGUGGGCCUGUAUAUUUGGUGUGUGGCUGCUGAUCCCGCAGACCCAGGAGUCUUUAAAUCGAAAAAGUAUCUCAAUAUUACAGACAGCAAAAAGGAUAUCCGGCUCAAGGAAUCUAAACUGGGUGAGGGUUCAACUUUGUCAAUACAUGAUGCGAAUAAUGAAGCAAUUGGAGAGAAACAUAUUGAUAAGGGCAUGAAGGACAUGGAUGCAGAACCAGAAGAUCAGACUACUGAAAUAGGAAAGAAUAAUGCAUCAUCUCACCAAAAAGCUUGUUUUAUGCCCUUUUUCGCUUUCCUCCCUUGUGCUUUUAUGUGCAACUGCUGGAGUCCGCUUGAGGAAUCUUCUGAGCAACAAAUGAGCGAGGAUGGCAUGUUCUACUGUAGUUUGUGUGAAGUAGAGGUGUUCAAGUACAGCAAGCAUUGUAGAAUUUGUAACAAGUGCGUUGACCGUUUUGAUCAUCACUGCAGGGUAUUUAAGGAUCAAGCUUUGUGGCUCAACAAUUGUAUAGGCAAAAGGAACUAUCGGAAGUUUUUCACCCUCAUGGGCUCUGCCUUUCUCCUGCUUAUACUUCAGUGGUCAGCUGGAAUACUAGUAUUGAUAUGCUGUUUUCGUGAGCGCAAGAGUUUCUCUGUUGACAUCGCCUCCAAGUUAGGAAGCAGUUUCUCUGUGGUGCCCUUUGUUAUUGUGGUGGCAGUAUGCACCAUAUUGGCCAUGAUUGCAACCCUACCGCUUGCACAACUUUUGUUCUUUCAUGUUCUUCUCAUAAAAAAGGGAAUUAGCACAUAUGAUUACAUUAUUGCUCUGAGGGAGCAAGAGCAACAAGGAGUUGGAGGUCAGCAAAGUCCCCAGAUGUCAUCUGCAAGCUCCCUUACUGGCUUAAGCAGCACAAGCUCUUUCAAUACUUUUCAUGGAGGAGCGUGGUGUACACCUCCACGCCUGUUUCUAGAAGAUCAGUUUGAUGUAGUCCCUCCAGAGACUGGAUCUGUAAAAGAUGUUUCAAAAGUUGCUGCAGAGGCGAGGAAAAGAUCCAAAAUACUGCAACCUGUUGUGAAACGAGAAGCCCCUUAUGGCCUCGAAAUGGAUGGUGACUUUAGCAGCAGUGGACACCGAAUGAUCCCAAGGCCUGAUAAUAAUAGAAGGCGAUCUAGUAAGAGGUUUCGCCUCCCUGCAGAGCUACCCCUUGGAUCCCUGACCAAAGUUCAAAUGAAGAUACUGAAAAUAGCGGAAAUGAUAUGA